CCACUGCUGUAGUUCACACAAGCAGGAGGAGAUUUGCUUGAAGAUAUACUGAAACCUGAACCCAGGCUGGUCUCUUUGCUAGCCAGUGCUUCACAGCUGUCAACCUGAGUUGCAAGUAGCAGCUACUGUAAGUGGCUGCUGUGCACUAUGAAGAAUUUUUCAUUUCCUAUGCAGGAUAACACACAUCAGACCGAGAGUCCUUCUCCUCACAGAUUCCUGAGUUUGACAAAUCAGUCAGAUCCUGUUGGAAGACCAGAAAGAGAUGAGCAAUUAGCUCAAGUAGAGAUUGCUGUACUGGGGGUCAUAUUUUUGACAGCAUCUAUGGGCAAUUUUAUUCUCAUACUGGUGCUGUGGCGAAGAAGAAGGAAGCUCUCUAGGAUGUACGUGUUCAUGCUUCACCUCAGCAUCGCUGACUUAGUGGUAGCUUUUUUCCAAGUGCUGCCUCAACUCAUAUGGGAUAUUACAGAUGUUUUCAUAGGGCCAGAUUUCUUGUGCAGAAGUAUCAAGUAUCUACAAUUGCUGGGCAUGUUUGCCUCUACUUAUAUGAUAGUGGUCAUGACGGUGGACAGAUAUCAAGCAGUUUGCUACCCUAUGGUCACUUUCCAAAAGAAGAGAGCUCUCUGGAACAUCCCCAUUUGCACCAGCUGGUCUAUAUCACUGAUUCUUAGCCUACCACAGGUAUUUAUCUUUUCUAAGACUGAAAUAUCUCCAGGUGUCUUUGAAUGUUGGGGUGAAUUUAUUCAGCCAUGGGGCCCAAGGGCAUAUGUGACUUGGAUUUUUGUAGUUAUAUUCUUCAUUCCCUCAGCCAUCCUCAUCACGUGCCAGGUUAACAUUUGCAGAAAAAUCAAAAGAAAUAUGUAUGUCAAAAACCAGAAUGAAUAUGAAGUAACAAAUCAGAAGCAAGUCCUGCCAUCCCGAGCAAGCAAUGUGAACUGUAUUUCAAAGGCUAUGAUCAAGACUGUAAAAAUGACAGUGGUGACAGUUGUUGCAUAUGUUCUCUGUUGGUCACCUUUCUUCAUUGCACAGCUGUGGUCUGUGUGGUUCCCCAGUGUUGUGACAGAAGGUUCGGCAUUCACCAUUAUCAUGCUCCUUGGCAAUUUAAAUAGCUGUACCAAUCCCUGGAUUUACAUGUAUUUUUGUGGCCACAUUCCAUAUUGCACAAAUAAGCAGCUGGAGAACACCUCGGCUAAAGAGGAAUCGGUGAUCACGGGGAGCAUUCAUCUCGUAGACAGAGACCCUGGGGAAAACAGUACUGCUGCAUAA